AGACUGCUCCGCGACUACAACUGCAGGGUUCCGCGCGGGAAGGCUAACGUCGUCCUGUGUGUGGAGCGGCGUCGGUCCAGCCGUCGGCCUUUCACCCGUCUUCAGGCCAUCAGAGAAAACAUGAUGAAAUAAAAAUCAGCUCUAUUUGGUCUAUCCCAUUCUGCUGAAGUCCUUGGUCUGAUCCUAAUUAGCUGUGUCUUAGAGCAUUUACAAACCGGUGUCAUAAGGACAUUCUUUCUUUUAGUCAAGAUGAGUGAGAAGCCAGACUUGUCUGAAGUGGAGAAGUUUGACAGGUCAAAACUGAAGAAAACCGAUACUGAAGAAAAAAAUACUCUCCCUUCACAGGAAACUAUCCAACAAGAGAAAGAGUGUGCUCAAACAUCGUAAAAUGGGGAUCUCCUCCCAACAGCAAAUUUCAACAUUGCUUAAGUGUCUUAGUUUGGGGUUUGUUUUUUAUAAACCUAUGUGUUUGUAGAGAUUUUAGGCAUCUUCUGAUUUCUUCCCACCUGUAUUCCCAGCCAGUGGUCCCUUUUUAAAAUUUUCCAUUGAUACAUACAUUCCAUCUGGCAGGUGCUGUUAAUAAUAUUACCACUGAUGACCUUUGUUUGUGUAGUCUUUGCAUCCCCAAAAGUUAAGCCACUUUUAACUUUCUACAGUGGAUGUAUCUGUUGUUCCACAAUAUUCAUGAAGUGGCAUGCAUUUGCAACUUCUCAGUUUAUUUUCAUUUCUAAUGUAGUGAUAAAAUAAUAAAUACAGUCAUUGUGUUGAGA